AUGCGAUAUGAGACACGUCGCCUCCCCCAAGCACCAGCCAUGUACACAGGCACAACCUCCGGCCUCGAAGUCCUCGGCGACAUAUCCGACACCUACAUCCGAGGCACCUCCCUCCUCCCCUCCAUAUCCCACCCCCUCACCCGCCACGGCAUCAUCGGCGGCCCCAUCCACCGCGACGCCGAAGACGCCCGCAAAGCCGAAGAAGCCCGUCUGCAGAAGAUCGCCGAUGACGAGGAGGUUGAGAAGAGGAAAGCUGGUUUACUGCGCGCGAGGGAUAUGAAGGUCAAUCAUAACCGACCCAUGUUUAACGGGCCGAUGGGUAGGCCGACGGUGGAUGCGUAUGGCCAGCAUAUCAGCUAUAGAGGGGAUGGGGGUGUGAGUAAGUAUACGGUGCCGAUGCCGGUUGGCGGUGGGGGGAAUGCUAAUAGGGGGUUUGUGGCGCCGGAGUUUGCGCAUUUGUUGGCGGGGGCGAAGAAGGAGAGAAGGCCUUGGCCGAAUCAGAGAGAUGAUUGA